AUGAUAAUAACGGCAAAAGUAGUAGCCAUUUGCUUGGGCAUAUCCCUCACUGCCUUCACGGUUUCCACAAUUGUGUUGGCUGUUCAGAAGGCGAAUCUGCAGGCUGAGCUAGACGAUGUACGCGAUAUAUUGGAUCAGUUGGAAAACACUACUACCGCUACGCCUGGUACGACCACUGUAACUGCUGGCACUACCACCACUAUUGCGACCACUGCUACAGCGCCAACAGUUGCCACAUCCACAACAACUACAGCGCCAACAGUUGCCACAUCCACAACAACCACUGCGCUGCCGGAGACUACAACACCAACACCAGAAGUUGUGAGUUACCGGCUUCCCGACAGCAUUUACCCAAUCAGCUAUGAUCUUUAUCUACAUCCUGAAAUUGAUACGGGUAACUUUACUGGCCAAAUAUUGAUCCGCGUGAACACGACGACAGCUAUUAACCAAAUCGUGCUGCAUGCCAGCAAACUGACUAUAAAUAAUGUCUAUCUAACCGGUACCAAUAAUCCAACUUUGUUUGUGAAGAACUUCUACCUCGAUACGGUACGUGAGUUCUUGGUGGUGGAGUUGAGUGAGGAAUUACCAGCAGCGCGGGCUUUCUAUGUUGGCAUAUUGUUCGAGGGUAAUAUGGAUGGGCAAAUUGUGGGACUUUACAGUUCGUCGUACACCAAAGAGGAUGGUAGCAAGAAAGUUAUUGCCACCUCUAAGUUUGAGCCGACUUAUGCGCGUCAGGCGUUCCCCUGUUUCGAUGAGCCAGCCAUGAAAGCAACUUUCUUAAUCACUUUAGUGUAUCCCAAUGAAGGUGAUUACCAUGCGCUCUCCAAUAUGGAUAUUUCGCGCGAGUCUAAUCAAGGUAACUACGUAGAGGUCUUCUUCAAUCAGAGCGUGCCGAUGAGCACUUACUUGGCCUGUUUUAUUGUUUCGGACUUUGCAAACAAAUCGACUACGAUCAAUACAAAUGGCAUUGGUGAACCUUUUACUUUGCGCGCCUUUGCGACUCCAGAACAGCUUGACAAAGUCGAUUUUUCGCUCGAAGUUGGCAAAGGAGUUUUAGAAUAUUACAUACAGUAUUUCCAAAUCGAGUAUCCGUUGCCGAAAAUGGAUAUGGCCGCCAUACCGGAUUUUGUGUCUGGUGCAAUGGAACAUUGGGGCCUUGUGACAUACCGAGAAACUGCUCUGCUCUAUGAUGAAAAUGAAAGUUCAACGGCGAACAAACAAAGUGUGGCACUAGUAAUUGCUCACGAAUUUGCACACAUGUGGUUUGGAAAUUUGGUGACAAUGGAUUGGUGGAAUGAUUUAUGGCUCAAUGAAGGCUUUGCUAGAUAUAUUGAAAACAAAGGUGUAAACGCUAUCUUUCCAGCGUGGAAUAUGCUUGAUCAAUUCAUUGUAACCCGUUUACACCCCGUGCUCACACUUGAUGCCACUUUAGGCUCACAUCCAAUUAUACAGACUGUAGAGAGUCCCGCUCAGAUUACGGAAAUAUUUGAUACAAUUACUUAUGGCAAAGGUGGUUCUUUGAUACGCAUGUUGGAGGACUUCAUUGGUGCUGAGAAUUUUCAAACGGCCGUCACAAAUUACUUAAAUGAGUUCAAGUUCAGUAAUGCUGUGACUGAAGACUUUGUAAACGAGAUUGAAAAAUUGAAUUUGGGCAUGGAUGUGAAAUCGAUAUUGAAUACAUGGACCGUGCAAAUGGGUUUCCCUGUUGUGGACGUUGAGCAGCUAACAACGACGCAGUAUCGUCUAACCCAAAGGCGCUUCUUUUCGAAUCCUGAAGACUAUUCUGGUAUAUACGAUGAUUCGCCGUACAAUUAUACCUGGUCCAUUCCAAUUACUUAUAAAACUAGUUCCUCUGCGGAAAUUCAAAGAGCAUGGUUCUUAUAUAACGAAACGGAAUUUCUUAUUAACCUCGAUAGCCCAGUGCAAUGGAUCAAAUUCAACUACGAUCAAAUUGGUUUAUAUCGAGUAAAUUAUCCCGAUGAGUUGUGGCAAAAUUUGGCGGAUGAACUUACAGACCCCGAGACAUUUAGCGUUGGCGAUCGCGCUAGUCUUCUAAAUGAUGCCUUCUCAUUGGCCGAUGCCACGCAGCUUUCCUACGAUAUAGCACUCGAUAUGACUGCUUAUUUGUCCAAAGAGGCGGACUAUGUGCCCUGGAGUGUGGCAGCCACAAAAUUGACUACACUCAAGCGCUCGUUAAUGUUCACGGAAACGUAUGUGAAUUACAAGAAAUAUGCGCUUGCGUUAAUACAGCCAAUUUAUGAGCAGGUGACAUGGACGGUCGGUACGGAUCAUUUGGAAAACCGCUUGCGUCAAACUAUACUAAGCGCCGCCUGUUCGCUUGGUUUAGAAUCUUGUUUAGAAGAGGCUGCAACACGCUUCACAGCAUGGCUUGCUGAGCCAACCACACGCCCACAUGCAGAUAUACGUGAAACCAUCUACUAUUAUGGCAUGUCAGCGAUUGGCAAUGAGGAUGCAUGGCAAGCUAUGUGGCAACUUUUUAUUGCCGAAACGGAUGCUAACGAAAAAUCGAAAUUGAUGUACGGCCUUGCCGCAGUGCAAGUCCCAUGGAUUUUGAGCAAUUAUGUGAAUCUCGCUUGGUCCGAGGAAAAUGUGCGCAGUCAAGACUACUUUACAUGUCUGGGAUAUAUUUCUGCCAAUCCUGUAGGUGAAUCCAUCGUCUGGGAUUAUGUGCGCGAACAAUGGCCGCAAUUGGUUGAACGCUUUGGCAUCAACGAACGCACUUUAGGCAACUUGAUUCCGACAAUCACUGCACGCUUCGACAAGCAAACCAAAUUGGAGGAAAUGGAGCAAUUCUUUGCUAAAUAUCCAGAGGCUGGUGCUGGUGCAGCAGCACGUGUACGCGCUUUGGAGACAGUAAAGAACAAUAUUGUGUGGCUAUCGAAUAAUAAAAAUAGGAUUGGCGCAUGGUUGGAGGAGAACAGACAAUUAGUUUCGUACGCAAUGAUUAUCACCGCAAAAUUGGUGGCAAUAGGCUUGGGAUUAGCUCUCACUGCAUUCACGGUAUCAACGAUUGUAUUAGUUGUGCAAAAGUCGAAUUUGCAGAAUGAGUUGGAUAAGGCACGUGACGAAUUGGAUCAGUUGCAAACCGCCACUACAGCUGGGCCUGGUACGACCACUGUAACUGCUGGGACUACCACCACUAUUGCGACCACUGCUACAACGCCAACAGUUGCUACAUCGACAACAACCACUGUGCUGCCGGAGACUACAACCACAGUACCGGAAGUUAUAAACUAUAGACUUCCCGACAGCAUUUAUCCAAUCAACUAUGAUCUUUAUCUACAUCCUGAAAUUGAUACGGGUAACUUUACUGGCCAAAUAUUGAUCCGCGUGAACACGACGACAGCUAUUAACCAAAUCGUGUUGCAUGCCAGCAAACUGACUAUUAAUAAUGUCUAUCUAAGCGGUACCAAUAAUCCAACUGUGUUUGUGAAGAACUUCUACCUCGAUACGGUACGUGAGUUCUUGGUGGUGGAGUUGAGUGAGGAAUUACCAGCAGCGCGGGCUUUCUAUGUUGGCAUAUUGUUCGAGGGUAAUAUGGAUGGGCAAAUUGUGGGGCUUUACAGUUCGUCGUACACCAAAGCGGAUGGUAGCAAGCAAGUUAUUGCCACCUCUAAGUUUGAGCCAACUUAUGCGCGUCUUGCCUUCCCCUGUUUCGAUGAACCAGCCAUGAAAGCCACUUUCCAAACCACUUUGGUAUAUCCUAAGGCAGGUGGCUACCAUGCGCUCUCCAAUAUGGAUAUUUCGCGUGAAGCCGAUCAGGGUAACUACGUAGAGGUCUUCUUCAAUCAGAGCGUGCCGAUGAGCACUUACUUGGCCUGUUUUAUUGUUUCGGACUUUGCAAACAAAUCGACUACGAUCAAUACAAAUGGCAUUGGCGAAAACUUUACUUUGCGCGCCUUUGCGACUCCUGAACAACUUGAUAAGGUUGAUUUUGCGCUGGAAGUUGGCCAAACGGUUAUUGAAUACUACAUUCAGUACUUCCAAGUGGAAUAUCCAUUGCCAAAGUUGGACAUGGCUGCCAUACCAGACUUCGUCUCUGGUGCUAUGGAACAUUGGGGUUUGGUCACUUAUCGUGAAACCACAUUGCUUUAUGACGAAAAUGUCAGCUCAACGGCAAAUCGGCAAAAUAUUGCGAGCGUUAUCGCUCAUGAAUUUGCGCAUAUGUGGUUCGGGAAUUUAGUCACGAUGGCUUGGUGGAACGAUUUAUGGCUUAAUGAGGGUUUUGCGAGCUAUAUUGAAUACAUAGGCGUUGAGGCGAAGUUUCCUGAAUGGAAAAUGCGCGACCAAUUUAUCACCGGUACUCUGCAUACCGUCCUCUCUUUGGAUGCCACACUCGGUUCCCAUCCGAUUAUACAAACUGUAGCGAAUCCCGAUCAAAUUACUGAAAUAUUUGAUACCAUCACCUACUCGAAGGGUUCAUCCAUUAUCCGGAUGUUGGAAGAUUUUAUUGGCGCUGAAAACUUUCAAAAGGCUGUUACGAAUUACUUGAAUGAGUACAAAUAUAGUAAUGCUGUGACCGAUAACUUUUUAACAGAAAUUGACAAAUUAAAUUUGGGCAUUGAUGUAAAAUCGAUUAUGAAUACUUGGACGGAACAAAUGGGUUUACCAGUAGUCGAGGUGGAAGAAUUAAGCGAUACAAGAUUUAGACUUACACAAAGACGUUUCUUCUCCAAUCCGGAUGAUUACGAAGGCAUCUACGAUGAUUCACCGUUUAAUUAUACUUGGUCAAUACCGAUUACUUACAAGACAAAUGCAACGGUUGAUGAGACGAGAGCUUGGUUCUACUAUAAUCAAACCGAAUUAAUUAUUGAAUUGACAACUGCACCUGAAUGGAUUAAAUUCAAUUACGAUCAGAUUGGCUACUAUCGUGUUAACUAUCCUGAAACUUUGUGGCUAAAGUUAGCGAAUCAACUUAUAACGGAACCUACUAAAUUUUCAGUUGGUGAUCGCGCUGGUCUCUUAAAUGAUGCCUUCUCGCUCGCCGAUGCCACGCAGCUCUCUUACGACACGGCCUUCGACAUGACGGAAUAUUUGGCAAAGGAAACCGAAUAUGUGCCCUGGAGUGUGGCGGCAUCGAAGCUCACCUCACUCAAACGUUCGCUUAUGUUCACCGAAGUUUAUGGCAAUUACAACCAGUAUUCACGCAAUUUAAUAAAGCCAAUCUAUGAACAAGUUACGUGGACAGUAGGUGAUGAUCAUUUACAAAACCUCUUGCGUGUUUCUAUCUUAUCGGCUGCGUGCUCCCUCGGUGUGGAGGAAUGCUUAACAGAAGCAGCAACACGCUUUAAUGCAUGGCUUGGUACUCCAGAUGUGCGCCCACAUCCAGACAUUCGUCAAACAGUCUACUACUAUGGGGCAUACGCCGCUAAUGAGCAGUCCUGGAACAAGAUGUGGGAACUCUUCGUGAACGAGUCUGAUGCCAGUGAGAAAUCGAAAUUAAUGUACGGCCUGUCAGCUGUGCAAGUACCAUGGAUUUUGAGCAACUAUAUCAAUCUCGCCUGGGAUGAAAAUAAUGUGCGCAGUCAAGAUUAUUUCACUUGUUUGCAAUAUAUCGCCGCCAACCCGGUUGGUGAACCAAUCGUCUGGGAUUAUGUGCGCGAACAUUGGCCCGAUUUAGUGGACCGUUUCGGUUUGAAUGAACGUUACUUGGGUAAUAUGAUUCCUUCAAUUACGUCGCGCUUCGACAAACAAACCAAGUUGGAAGAAAUGGAGCAAUUCUUUGCUAAAUAUCCAGAGGCCGGCGCUGGUGCAGCAGCACGUGUGCGCGCUUUGGAGACAGUGAAGAAUAACAUAGCUUGGUUGGCAAACAAUAAGGAAAACGUUGGAGCGUGGCUGACUGAGCAUUCCGCGUCAUAGGAAAUGAACAAAAUAUAUUUAAUAAAUAG